UGGCAGGUACGCUGAGGUGCAUUUACGAUUUCUUUCUGGUUUGCUCAGCGGUUGGCCGUUCUGACAACUUUCUGAAAGAUGGAUUAAAGAGGCCUGAAUGAGCCCCAGUCUGCAGCAAUCGUCGAAGGGGGCUUGUCAAGGGUGUGGCUUUAACAAGCUCCCUGGGACAGGGCGGGAAGUUGCGGGUCUCAAAGCUUCUGCAGAUCCAGAGAGCGUGCGGGCCUCACGGUGUCUUCUCGAUCACUCAUUCUUUCUCUUCUUAUAAGUCAACUUUGCACACAGCUUUGCAAACGGAAGUCAUUUUUAGCGUUGUCGAAGUUUAAGACUGCCUUCUUAUUAUAAUUUAAAGUCUAAUUUCGAUUGAGCCUCUUUCCUUUGAUACUGUACAACAAAACGAAACUAAAACCCCGUCAGUCGUUGCUGUCAGUGCAAGUUGAGGAGAGAAAAGUAGGAAGUUAAUUCGCGAUUGGCCAAACUUGAAUGAGCAGCAAGCAAAACGGAUCCUGAGUGAAAGCCUGUGUUGGUAAACAAACAGUGAGAAUGCCAAGCGGGAGAUGUCCGCUGCGUUUUGCCAUUAUUUUGACAGUUAGCACGGUUGGUUUUUUUUCCCCGGUUACUUAUGGUGAUUGUCCCAGUGAUGAAUAUCCGACAGAGGAAAAACGUUGCUGCCAAAUGUGCCCUGAAGGUACUCAUGUGGUCUCUGACUGUGAAAAAGAUCACUCAAUUCCAACUUGUAAGAAGUGUACAGAUGAAACAUUUACGAAUCACAAAAACUAUUUAAGACAAUGUGGACCCUGCGCAAUUUGUGACUUACAGUUGGAUCUUGUUGAGGAAUCAAAAUGUGAAGCAACAAGAGACAGGAUAUGCAGAUGCAAAAAAGGGUGGUAUUGUGUUAAUUCCGUAUGCAAUCACUGUGAAAAAUGUGAAGAGUGUAAAGACUUUGGAAUUGAGCAAUCGUGCAGCAAGUACAACAACACUGUAUGCAAGAAGUCACAAGGAAAAAAUUAUUUUGAUUCAGAUCAAGGCACCCCUUGGUGGAAACCCGUUGUAGCUGUGCUGGCUAUAGGUAUGGUGUUACUGUUACUGCUACUGAUUUUGAGGAAGAAAGGAAUGUUGCAUUUUCCAUGUAAAGAAAGAAGAGAGAAUCCAAGAAGCAGUAACCAUGAGGAGGUAGUUAAGCUACAUGAUAACGUGGAUGAAGAUCUGGACCUUGGACCACACUUAUAUUCAAUUGCAGAGCAAAUAGCACUUAUAAAUACAAAGAGGUUUGUUAUGAAGGAGGGACUGACGAAGGCUGAUAUUGACAGGGCUGUAGAGAACCAUCCACAUAAUGCACUUGAGCAGUCUUAUGAACUUUGGCAUACAUGGCUACAGAAACACGGAAUUUGUGGUGCCUAUCCGACUUUGAUCAGAAACCUCAGGGAACUGAAACUAAAUGCUGAUGCUGAUGCUCUUAUUAGGAUAAUUAAAAAGCAUUAGUGUGGAAAACACAAAAGAACAGCACUUUGGCCACUUGAAAUAUACAUUUUAAUACCUCACGGUGAGUUGUUAUUCUUCUACACAUCUUUCUGUUAAAAAAAAAAAAAAAGUUUUACAAAGUACCGAAAAUAAUCUGCAUAUGAUACAGUUAUUGAUAGGUUUUUGAUAACUUCUUUUAAUGAAUGUGUCUUUCUUUAAUAAGAAAAAAAAAUUAAUUUGUUUUUUCUUGUUUUUUCUGUUUUUUAUGUGCUGUUUUCAGUAUUAUGUACAAGUAUAAUGUUAAAGUGCUUUUAAUGUGUAAUUAUUUGACAUAUUACAAGAUAAGAUUUUCUUCUUCAAGGUUUCAGUACAUCUGUUCUUCAGUUGAAUGUGUGGAUUUAGAACUUGUUAGAAACACAAUGAAUGUAUUGCAAUACAAGAUCCUAUGCUUAGAUGGUGUUUUAUCCCAAAAAUCAUUAUAUUUAUUAGAUGAGGGUUUUGUGUUAAUUUUGAACUACUGAAGUGUAUCUAAAUUCCUUCCAGUCUUUAAGCAGGCAGGACAGAUUUUAAAAAAAUGCAAAGUAAUUUUACCCAUCCAUGAAAUUUGUACACUUAUUUUAAAUCCAAUGUUUGGUGUUAGGGUGCUGCAGCCUAACCUGUUUAGCUAAACAAGCUCUGGAACAGGUACCAGUUCAUCACAGAGCACACUCACACACAUAGGACAAUUACCCUCAUCUUUGUGCCCUUGGGAUAUAGGAGGAAACUAGAAUACCUGGAGAAAUACCCCACGCAUAAGAAGAGAAUAUAGGAAUUCGUUAUGAUGGGUUGUGGCAGCAGCACAGUGAGGUGUCUUGACCAAGCCACCAUGUCUUUAGCAAAUUCUUCCAACACAUCCAAAGGAAUUCACGUGCAGUUCCUGACCAUUUGAGAAAUAUAAUCACUCCAGCAUAUGUUUGGACUGCCCCUUUUCUCCCACAGCGCUGGCCCUUGAACACCUUUGGGAAGGCACCAAGGAGGCAUUGUAACUACAUACCCAAACCACCUUAGCUGUCUCCUCACCAUUGUGAGAAUCAUCUGUUCUACUUUAAAGUAAUUCCAUAUUCCUUUGCUCCUCACUCUGGCAUGGAAAGUGAGCCUAGCAACCUUACACUGGACUGUCAUUUUGGCUACAAGUAUUUGCAAUUCCUUUUUUUUUUCUUAUGGUUGACACCAAGUCCUUAUGACCAUAAGUGUGAAUGAAGAUACUAAAUGUCUUGUAUAGCUGGUGAAUGUAAAGUUUUGUCCAGGGAGUAACUCUUACUUUAUUUUCAUAAACUUACACAACAUCAGGGAGAACUCGUGCUGCUGCUGGUUCUUGGCCAGUCUCAUGAUCCCCUGAGAUACUUCCAUUUUUCCACUUGGGAGAACUGGUUGCUACUUACAAGAAGAAAACAAUCUUGUCUUUACUGGGAGAGCAAACUGACCUCAGAUUUGGAGGUACUGAUCAUCACACAUGGUUGUGAACUGAGCACAUUUUGGUGAUGCCAAGGGAACAACAUGAUGUAAAUGGAGAUACAUUUCUUAAGUUCCCAGACUGGAUGCUAUUAAAUGCUAGGCUGCAUGCACCCUAAUACCUUGUCCAUGAAAAUCAUGAACAGGCAAGGAGAUUAGAUACACUUCUGGUAGAGUUCCAUCUGAAAGUACUUGACUUAAUGACAAAUAUGAGAGCAUAACUUUUGCACAGCAGCUAUAAGAAUAGAAUAAUAUGCCACAGCGGCCUUGGAUUCCCAUGCUCUUGCAGCACAAUCCACAAGAUACAAUGCAGUGCAGGGAACCAACCAUUGCAAAAACAAAUUUCAGACAGGAUCAUUUUUAAGAGUAAUCACCUAUUUAUAUUACAGAAAUGGAACAUUUAUCCAUUCAUCCAUUUUCUAACUUGCUAUUUCAACCUCUGAGAGAGAGUGUCCAUCCAAUCAAAUGAGGGACGCACAUGUAAAGUGCACAUAGAUAGUGCCAGGGGAUGGGAUAUCAGUGCUCACCACUGUGCCACUCAGUUCAAACACUUAAACCUAAAAGAUUUAUAUUUUUAAACCAGUUGUUUCUAAUGAGAUAGUUUGACAGUUUAGUGUAAAUUCAAUGAAGAUAGUGCACCUCUGUGCAUUCUUUCUUAUUUAUUGAACUAAUUAAGCAGAGGUAGAGAUCAGUGUUAUGAAACAGGGUAGAGGUAAUUUAAUUAAACAAUUAUACUACUUGUAAGAAAGGAACUAUAUUGUGCCCGACCCGGCACAGACUUGACACAGGAGGCACGUAUAAAACAAAAGACUUUUAUUUUUCUUCAUCUGGAGGGCACGUCUUCCCCGUAAUCCCUCCAGCCACGACACAGUCCCAAGCACUGAGUCACCACACUCCUCUCUCUUUCAUCACCACUCCUCCACAGCUUUGUCCUCCUUCCACCCGACUCUGGCCGUCGAGUGGUGGUUGUUGGUUCCUUUUAUGACCCACCCGAAAGUGCUCCAGGUGCUUGAUCACCUGUUUCCAAUUGCACUCCUGGGUGGGGCUGAAGAUUAAUCCAGGUGGGCUCAGGGACCCCUGCCGUGGCCACUCCAGACCCCAACAGGGCUGUGGAGAACUCCAUUUCCCAUGAAGCCCUGCGAGAGACUGAGGCAGCGCUGUAAUCCAGGGGGGCGACCAUCCAGCGUCCAGGGGGAGGUACUGCAGCGUCCAGGGCUGCUCCCCCUGAAUCCACAUCGAAGGGGCGUCCCGGCUGGGACUGGGACCUGGCCAUCCAUCACAUGCUAAACUACAACAGUUAGGAUCAUUGUUUGUCUAUUCCAUCCCUUCCUAUCUAAAUGCAAUUUUAAUGUUUAUUUCACUACAGUGGAAGUUAAAUGUAGUUAUAUUUUUCUGUAACGCAUAUCCCAAUAUGUCUGAAUUAUCACGCUAAACUAACUAAAAUAAAGACAUUGCUGGAAACUGCACUUUAUUUCAUUGCAUGUUGUGUCCCAUUUGUUACGGACCAUGUCUGCACCAUCAAUGUACUGUACAUAAGAUACACUUAAAUAAUAAAAAAAAAAAACUUUAUAGUUAGCUCAAGUGAUUAAUAUGAUGAGAGAUGUAGUGACAUUUGUUGUGGUGAUCUGUACAUUUUAUGUAAAAAGUGAUGCUCUUAUCUUUUUUGUGUUUUAAUGUAAUGUUGCUUUGAACUAUUUUACUAAGAAAUUGCUCAAACCUUUGGCAAAGAUAUAAUGUCACCAUUUUUUCAUUAUUAUGUGACAUAUAUUUUGAAAUAUCUUGAAGCAACUCCCUGUUCGUAUUCUAAUGUUAAAAUCAUUUUGAAAUAUCUUGAAAUUUUUAAAUUGCUAGAGAGAGGGUUUCCCUUUAGCCAAGGGUUCAUCUCAGACAUUGAAAGUAAGACACAGAAAUCAAAAACUCUAAAGUUAAAGAAUAAAGUGACAUCUAUUCCAGAUUUCACCCUGUGAUGGGAGGGUUGGUUUCCUGCUUUGACCCUUAUGCUGCCAGUAUAGCUCCUCUUUAGCCUGAAUUGAAUUAAGCUGAAAUUUGAUACUCUAUAAAGUUAAAAAAAAAUUAUGUAUUUAUAGGUAAUAAAAUAAUGUGGAUUUGAAAUUCAAACAAAAUGUUGGAUACUUAGGCGUAAUCAGUUUAGCUUUGGGUUACGCAUACUAAAUUCACACUUCUUAGAUGUUGAAAUGAGAUGUUAGAAUGGAUUAAAUCACACAUAUAUCCUUAACAACAAUAUGAAUGUCACUAUUUAGAAGAGAAAACAAUUGACUAAUUAAGAACAAAGACAAGAAUAAUUACAGCAAAGAAUUCCUAAUAGUGAUGUAACUUUAGCUUAGAUGUUACAUGGUGGCGAGCACUUGAACAUUUUGAAAGUCAUCAUUAACCCUCAGAAUGUGAGAAAUCCCUCUGGGUAAUUGUGUUUCUAAGUUUCUCAGAGUACAUGGCUUAGUCUGCACAUUCUACACAUUAUUAAUACCUCAUCAUGUACAUUUGUUGAUAAACUGUUAAGUAAAUGUUUUUUAACCUCUUCUUUCUUGGGAGAUGAUAAAAAUAUACAACAAAAACUUGUAUCAAUUUCUUCUGUGAAUAAAGUGUGUGCCAAGUUAUUCCUACUCCAUAAGCAUAAUUAAAACACCCCUUUUGAAUUACUGGAAACAAUAAAUGUUUGAAUGGUAA